ACAAAUUCACAUCUCUGUUACUACAACAGCUGACUUGCAUCAAGGCAGAAUAGAUUUGUUUAAAGAUGUCGUUUGCCGCAAAAAUAGGUGCGUCUUUAAUUCAGAAUGGAUUUAAGAAACUUGCCGCUACCUCGUCAGCUCGUAAUUUCCACAUGAUGGUUAAACCUUUACCUAAAACAAUUACAGGAACAUCUUCAUUGACUCAAAAUCCAAUUGCUAGCAGCGUGGUAUCACCACUAUCAAUAGUUUCCGGCUUGCAACGUUUGUUGGCACCAGUCUCAUCAUUAAUGAAUCAGGUAGCUGGUUUUAAGGUUAAGGGCCGCCUAAAGCGUCGUUGCAAAGAUUGUUAUUUCGUUAUACGCCAACAAAGACAUUAUGUCAUAUGUCCAACGCACCCGCGCCAUAAGCAAAUGUCUAUGAAGAAACGGGAUUAUAAAUCAUGGAUUCUCACUCAUGCUACACAAUCUAAAGUAAGACCAUUUUAACUGCAUAUUGUUGUAGGAAAAUAAAUACAAUUUUGUUGUAAAUUCAUAUUCUUAGUUGCAUCUAACGCAAAUACUACUACUAUGUUUUCAUUUAA